AUGGCGGACUUCUUCGGUGCAGUAUUGCGCUUGAUCUUCAAGGGAAAGCCACAAGAGGGCCGCACGGAUGAGGAACAAGGAGGAAAUAAUGCGGAGUCCACGGCAGGUUUCGCUCCCCCCAUGAACGCAACUGUGAACGGCCAUCCCAGCGCGCUCCCUCACGGCCACCGAAGCUACCUCGUCCCCGAGGACGACGCCUUGACGCUCUUCCGUCUCAUGGUGGGCAUUAGCACCUCGCCCUACCUUGGGUAUAGCGAAUCCAGCCCUAUCGGGACGCGCCCAGCGGCGAACAUUGGCAUAUACGCACGCGUUGUCUAUUCGGAGCAGAAAGCCAAAGACAGAUACAAGGUCUUCUCGAUCGUGAUCAAUGCUUGCUACUUCUUCCAGAUUGUCGUCGCGGCAUCAAUUACAGCCAUGGGGGCAGCCGGGGUGAGUCACGGCGCGGUAACGGCUUUUGGCGCCAUCAACACGAUCAUCGCAGGGAUCCUCACCUUCCUCAAGGGCAGCGGCCUACCCUCACGGCUCAAGUACUACGGAAACGAGUGGAAGAAGAUCCGCGAAUACAUCGAGCAGCGCGAGCGCGACUUCUCGCGUGCUGGUUGCACGCUGGAUGUCUACGAGGUCGUGGCCACGGUCGACCGGAUGUACAACACCACCAAGCGAGAGAUCGAGAUGAACACCCCUGACAGCUACACAUCUGUGACAGGAAAUAUGCGGAGUUUCAUGAACGGAAGCCAUGAGAAGAUUGCUGCCGUCCACGCCGCGACGCUCGAAGAGCAGCUGAAAGGUCUGGAAAGCAAGGCACUGGAUGUGAGGAACCGCAUACAUGAGCACGGAAAGGGGAUAGGAGAAGACGUGCGCGAUUUCGAGAAGACUGUGGUGAAGGAGGCAGAAGAACGAAAAGCGGCUAUAGAACGUGAGGCUCGGGAACGAAAGGCAGAACUUGCGCGUACGGUUGAAGAGGGACACCGCGAGGUAAUGAACCAGACGGAUCAAGUCAUAAGGGAUGUGGGCGAGACACACAGGACGGCAGUGGGUGAUAUGAGGGCAGCAGCAUCUGCGCAGGUACGAAGAGUCGCUGACAGCCUGAGCCAUCACCACGAACCACACGAGAAGCUGGAUAAAUGA